CAAAGAAUCUAGGCCAAAAUAACCAAAACUCAAUUGAUUCAAACCAUUCAUGACGAAUUUGUUGCAUUUUAGGAAAUACAAAAUGUAACGUUUCAUUUAACAUUCGUUUGACGUAUAAUUAGAUUAAGAAAAGAACAACGCGUUGAAUCAUACAUUCCAAUCGUCAUUGUGUUAUUCAUAUUCUCUAUCAAGUAAUUAUCAGUUCGAAAUUAGCAUUUGUCUCUGACGGUAUUGUUGUUUUUUUCCAAAUACUACACCAAAACGGAAUCGUUUUUUUUAAGUGUAACGUGAAAUAUUCGCUUCAAUAAAAGAAAAAUGGAAAUUUUCUGGCUGAAUUCGGGAUUUAUAUUUUAAAAAAUAGGCUCAAUUUAUGGGUUAUUUUAUAGGUUCUCGACAUAAGUUACCUUAUUUUUUCUGUGGAAUUGAAGAAGUCCUCCAAAUAACUGAACACUCAUUUCGCUGUCUUUCUACACAAGAGCGUGAAAAGUUCAUCUUUUGAUGAGGAUUUUGAAGAGCGGAUGCAAGACAUUUUUCUUUGAUUCACUUCACUGAUUUAUUUUUUUUUUAAUUUCAAGCAAACAAAAAAGACGAAAGCGGCCGAACAGCUCUACAUGUCGCUGCUGAGAAUGGUAACUUGGAGGACGUUGAAAAGCUCCUCAAGAAAGGAGCCAAAGUUGAUUCGACAGACAAAAAACAGCGUAAACCUCUUCAUUUGGCUGCUACGAAUGGUCACUCGAAUGUCGUUGACUUUCUCAUCACAAAAGGAGCCAAAGUUGAUGUUACGGCCGAUUUUGAUGGGACACCUCUUCAUUUAGCUGCUGAGAAUGGACACUAGGAUGUCGCUGAAAGGCUUAUCACAGAAGGAGCCAAAGUUGAUGUUAAAGACUAUUAUAAACGGACACCUCUUCAUUAUGCUGCUAUGCAUGGACACAAGGAUGUCGCUGAAAUGCUCAUUACGAAAGGAGCCAACGUUGAUUUAGGGGACUUCCAUGAUCGGACACCUCUUCAUCAUGCUGUUGUGACUAGACAAAAGGAUGUCGCUGAAAUGCUCAUCACGAAAGGAGCCAAGCUUGAUUUAGGAGACUGCCAUUACCGGACACCUCUUCAUCAUGCUGUUGUGACUAGACAAAAGGAUGUCGCUGAAAUGCUCAUCACGAAAGGAGCCAAGGUAGAUUUAGGGGACUUCCAAAAUCGGACACCUCUUCAUCAUGCUGUUAUGAAUGAUCACAUGGAGAUUGUCGAAUUGCUCAUCGCAAAAAAAGCUAACGUUAAUCUUAAAGACGGUCGCAAGCAGACACCUCUUCAUUAUGCUGCUUGGAGUGGCAACUUACAGAUCGUUAAAAUCCUUUUCGCCAAUGGAGCCAGUCUUACUGAUACAAAUUAUCAACAUGAGACACCUUAUCAGACUGCUGCUUUAUAACAAGGAGGUGGCUGACUAUUUCAAGGAGGCUGAAGCAAAAAGACGCCAAAAUUGAAAUCAAUUGAAAAAUCAGAUUUUUUCCUUUGAGUUCCGUAUUCGAUUGUCAUGUAGAAUAUUAACCCGAAAACGGGCAAGCUAAAUCACUUAAGACCGAAAUGGACCCAUAGUUUUAUGGCUGUAAAAUUGAAAAAAAAAACGCAAUAUAUUUUCAAAAGUGAGACUGUGCUGGAAGCUAGAAAGAUGCAUCUCUCAAACGUGCCAUAUGUCGAUAAAAUUGAAUGAAAUAUACAACUUUUUAUGAUAUAUUGCUUUUUACACCGAAAAUAUUAUCAAUUCUGGUGGAGAAAUGGCUUUUUUUUCGGUUUUUGACAUUUACAAAAAUUCAAAUGAAUACAUGUCUCUGUAACUUUUCUAAGGUUCAUCCAAUUUUAUUGAUAUAUUGCGCAUUGAAAUGGUUUUCGGAAUAAUCCUACUUUGGAUGAUAUACUAUGUAUUCCCAAUUUUACAACUAUAAAGCCAUGGGCCCAUUUUGGUCCAAUUUGCCCGCUUGUGUCCAGAAAAUAUAUUUAGCUCCACGGAGCGCCAUCUAAUGAUCGAUGUUCAAUUUUUUUUGGCUGUAAUACGUGGAAAGGAUCAAACAGUACAAUGCAGCACCUUUUCCGCACAAGAAUAUAGUUUUUAUAUAUUUAUUUAUUAUUGAAAAACCAUCUUCUCGGACCACAACGGAGCCACUUGCUCGGUUGAGAGUUAAUUUCAAUAUAUCUUUGUCAAACUUUAACCAUAUCAAUGUUGCUGCUUGGUUCGACCAUAUCGGUCAUGAUGUGAAAAGUUGAUAAAUCAUAUACGAAUGCUAAGCAAAAAUCUGUAAACUUCCGAAUACACUCAUAAUUGGGUUGCUGUGCCCAUUGACACAAUACUAGCGAUCGUUGUAUGUUCCUUUCGGUGCAUACGUACAUUGGCUUAAUUCAGAAACAAAUGGUUUCUCAUUGGAAAUCUAGCAUGAAUCCAAAUAAUAAAAUCCAGCAUUAAUUGCAUGAAUUGCAUUUUAGUCGAAUGAAAAUAGUGAAAAAAAAUUAAUUAAAAUGUAAAAGAAAUUUUCUUAAUAAAUAUG